CCUUCGCCCCGCCAUGCGCCGGGUGUUCCUGCAUGAAGCCACUGCCAGGCUGAUGGCCCGGGCCAGCCCCACGCGCACCCACCAGCUGCUGGACCGCAGCCUGCGCAGGAGAGGGGUGCAGGGCAGCAAAACAGCUGGGGAGCCAGAGAGCCACCCCACGCCCCGGGAACAUGCCGAGGCACUGCUGCUGGCCUGCUGCUACCUCCCGCCCAGCUUCCUGGCGGGCCCGGGGCAGCGCGUGGGAAUGCUGGCCGAGGCCGCCCGCACGCUGGAGAAGCUGGGAGACCGCCGGACGCUGCACGACUGCCAGCAGAUGAUCAUCUGCCACCUGUACCCCCCUGUGUCCCCUGUACGUCCCAACGCGCAGGAUGGGGACCCUGCCCGGCCCACCAUGGAUCCCACUGCUGCAGCACCCCUUGUUUUUGGGUCUUUGCCCCCACUGUGA